GUCCCGCUAGUGCGACAUGAUGGUGGAAUCCGCCUCGGAGACAAUCAGGUCGGCCCCGGCCGGGCAGAACGGCGUGGGCAGCGUGGGCAGCCUGUCGGGGCCGGCGGAUGGCGGCGGGGCGGCCGCGGUGGCCGCGGGGGCCUCCUCGGGGACAGCGGCGGGCGCCAGCAGGGAGGCGGCAGCGGCCGGCGCGGACAGCAACGGCGAGAUGAGCCCCGCGGAACUGCUGCACUUCCAGCAGCAACAGGCCCUCCAGGUUGCCCGACAGUUCCUGCUGCAGCAGGCCUCUGGCCUGAGCUCGUCGCCCGGGAACAGUGAGAGCAAGCAGUCGGCCUCUGCCGUGCAGGUGCCCGUGUCGGUGGCCAUGAUGUCGCCGCAGAUGCUGACACCGCAGCAGAUGCAGCAGAUCCUGUCGCCCCCCCAGCUGCAGGCUCUGCUCCAGCAGCAGCAGGCCCUCAUGCUGCAGCAGCUGCAGGAAUAUUACAAGAAGCAGCAGGAGCAACUUCACCUCCAGCUCCUCAGCCAGCAGCAGGCGGGCAAGCAGCCCCCCAAGGAGGCGCUGGGGAACAAGCAGCUGGCCUUCCAGCAGCAGCUCCUGCAGAUGCAACAGUUGCAGCAGCAGCACCUGCUCGGCCUGCAGCGACAGGGCCUGGUCAGCCUGCAGCCCGGCCAGGCCUCGGGGCCCCUGCAGAGCCUCCCGCAAGCCGCCGUGUGCCCCACGGACCUGCCCCAGCUGUGGAAGGGCGAGGGCGCCCCCGGCCAGCCCGCCGAGGACAGCGUCAAGCAGGAGGGGCUGGACCUCACCGGCACGGCCGCCGCCACCGCUACCUCGUUCGCCGCCCCCCCGAAAGUCUCACCCCCCCUCUCCCACCACGCCCUGCCCAACGGACAGCCCACUGUGCUCACGGCGCGGAGAGACAGCUCUUCCCAUGAGGAAACCCCCGGCUCCCACCCCCUCUACGGACACGGCGAGUGCAAGUGGCCGGGCUGCGAGACCCUGUGCGAGGACCUGGGCCAGUUUAUCAAACACCUCAACACGGAGCACGCCCUGGACGACCGGAGCACGGCCCAGUGCCGGGUGCAGAUGCAGGUGGUCCAGCAGCUGGAGAUCCAGCUGGCCAAGGAGAGCGAGCGGCUGCAGGCCAUGAUGGCCCACCUGCACAUGCGGCCCUCGGAGCCCAAGCCCUUCAGCCAGCCGGCGACCAUCUCUGCCGCAGACUCUUUCCCGGACGGCCUGGUGCACCCCCCCACCUCGGCCGCCGCCCCCGUCACCCCCCUCCGGCCGCCGGGCCUGGGCUCUGCCUCCCUGCAUAGCGGGGGGCCCGCCCGGCGAAGGAGCAACGACAAGUUCUGCUCCCCCAUCUCCUCAGAGCUGGCCCAGAAUCACGAGUUCUACAAGAAUGCCGACGUCAGGCCCCCCUUCACCUACGCCUCCCUCAUCCGCCAGGCCAUCCUGGAAACCCCCGACCGGCAGCUGACCCUGAAUGAGAUCUACAACUGGUUCACCAGGAUGUUCGCCUACUUCCGGAGAAAUACUGCCACCUGGAAGAACGCCGUGCGGCACAACCUCAGCCUACACAAAUGCUUUGUGCGCGUGGAGAAUGUCAAGGGCGCCGUGUGGACGGUGGACGAGCGGGAGUACCAGAAGCGGAGGCCCCCGAAGAUGACGGGGAGCCCCACCUUGGUGAAAAACAUGAUCUCGGGCCUCAGCUACGGGGCACUUAAUGCCAGCUACCAGGCCGCUCUGGCCGAGAGCAGCUUCCCCCUCCUCAGCAGCCCCGGCGUGCUGAACCCCGGCUCGGCCAGCAGCCUCCUCCCCCUCAGCCACGAGGACAUGGGCGCCCCCGGGGAGGCGCUGCCUAGCAACGGAGGCAGCCCCCCGCCCCGCCUCUCCCCGCCCCAGUACAGCCACCAGGUGCAGGUGAAGGAGGAGCCCGCCGAGGCGGAGGAGGACAGGCGGCCCGGACCCCCGCUUGGCGCCCCCAGCUCCAGCGGCGGGGGCCCUCCCGAGGACAGCGAGUUGGAGGAGGAGCGGCCCGGAGAGGAACUGUCCUAAGGGCCUCUGGGGGCGGGCCGGGGUGAGACCCCGCCGCCCCUCCCUCGCCCUCGGGAGCCCUGCUCCCCCCACUCCACAGCCCUGCCCAAACCUCAAGGCACUUCCAGGACUCAGAGGGGGGCGCUGGGCAGCACCCCCAGUGUGGCCUGACUGGCAGACGCAGGGGGCGGCCCGUCCCGCCUCCCCAGGGGACACACGGCCCCGGUCAGGGACCAGAGAGGACACGGAGGGCCCAGGCCCCUUCUCAGACCCGCCUCUGCAUCGGAAAGCGCACCCUCCCCCGACCACCAGCAGCCGCCGCAGGGCCCCCCGCCCCGAGCGCCCCCCGCACCCCAGUUCUGCU